AUGCUUUGUAACGCGGCUAUAGACUUUUGGGCGGUUCGCAAAAAAAAUAAUUUAUCGGUUAUAAAGCGCCACAAAUUGGCUGCCGGCUUGGUGUUGUUUUCACUCGUCGGGGUGCUAUCGGCUCAGUCGUUUCCUGUUGAGAAGAUAUCUGUCGGUGCAAUUUUUGAUCAAAACACCGAAGAAGUCCAGAAUGUGUUCAAGUAUGCAUUGGCGGUUCACAACCAGAACAUAAGCAGUCGUCGUUUGGAAUUGCAGGCUUAUGUGGACGUCAUUAACACUGCAGAUGCCUUUAAGCUCUCCCGACUCAUUUGCAACCAGUUUGCGCGUGGUGUUUAUGCCAUGCUUGGCGCCGUGACUCCAGAAUCGUUCGACACUCUGCACUCCUACACCAACACCUUCCAAAUGCCAUUCAUCACUCCAUGGUUUCCUGAAAAGGUUAAUCCACCUUCAUCUGGCCUGAUCGACUAUGCGGUGAGCAUGCGGCCCAACUACCACAAGGCAAUUGUCGAUACAAUAGUCCACUACGGAUGGAAGAAGGUCAUUUUCAUUUACGACUCGCAUGAUGGUCUCCUCCGCCUUCAACAACUCUACCAAAUGAUACUACCAGGGAAUGCAGAUUUCAAGAUACACCUAGUGAAACGUAUCUACAACACCUCCGAAGCAAUCGAAUUCCUGCGAGCCUUAGAAGAGCACGACCGGUGGAAUAUCAAGCAUAUCGUACUGGACUGCAACGCGAAGAAUGCGAAAAGUAUUUUGGUGGAGCACGUCAAAAAUGUGAAGUUAGGAAGACGGACCUACCAUUAUAUUCUCAGUGGACUGAUAAUGGAUGAUCAUUGGGAGAAUGAAGUGACCGAAUACGGUGCAGUCAACGUCACCGGGUUCCGUAUAGUGGAUCCUUCUAGGAAGACCGUCAAAGAUUUCCUUGAAGGCUUAAGAAGGAUUGAUCCACGCUACAAAGGGACCGUGUCGGCUCAAACGGCGCUAAUGUACGAUGGGGUGCAAGUUUUAAUGGACGCCCUGGGAAGACUCUGGAAAAAGAAACCCGACGCUUUUCGGAGUGCUCUGCGCCGCACGGCCGCCCUGGCGAACUCAACUAAAGUCAUCGAUUGUAAUCCUGGUAAAAGUUGGGUGGUACCAUUCGAGCACGGCGAUAAAAUAUCCAGACUGAUCAAAAAGACUGACAUCGUUGGGCUGACUGGAAACAUCUCCUUUAACGAUGAAGGACACAGGUGCAACUUUACACUGCAAGUUGUAGAGAUGACAGUCCAGAGUGCUAUGGUGACGGUAGCAACGUGGACUGAUAAAAAAGGGCUGAGUCUGCUAACUCCGAAAUACGAAGUGCUUCGUACACCUGUAUUAAUCGACACAAACAGGACCUACAUUGUAUCUACAAUUAUUCAAGAUCCAUUCAUGAUGCUAAAACCUUCAGAGUAUAGUCAGCGUGAAGAGUACACCGGUUUUUGCAAGGAGCUUAUGGAAUUAAUUUCUUCGCAAAUCGGGAUUCAAUAUGAGAUCCGAAUCGUAAGGGACGGAAAUUUCGGAAUUGAAGUCUCACAUAACAAUUGGAACGGGCUCGUUGGGGAGGUCCUUCGAAAGGAAGCAGAUAUGGCCAUCGCACCUAUAACUAUAACGCCAGAAAGAGAAAAAGUCAUCGAUUUCAGUGAGCCAUUCCUGUCCAUAGAUGUACCCAUCAAACGUACAAGAACAUCGAAGCAACUGUCGAGCACUUUCAGUUUUCUACGACCCCUUUCAAAGGAAAUAUGGCUCUGUGUGAUAUCCAGCUUCUUUGCUGUGAGCAUUGUACUGUUCCUUGUAUCGAGAUUCUCGCCGCACGAAUGGCGGUCAGUUUCCGUAACAGAAAAUCAAGUGGAACAUUCAAUGAGUAAUACAAAUGAGAUAAUCUUGCACAACGAUUUUAGCAUCUGGAAUUCGUUUUGGUUCUCCCUCGGAUCUUUUAUGCAACAGGGAAGCGACGUUGUACCAAGGUCUUUGUCAGGAAGGAUAGUCGGCACAGUAUGGUGGUUCUUCGCACUCAUCCUAGUGUGUUCAUACACCGCGAACCUUGCGGCCUACCUCAUUCUAGAGCGCAUCGGUGACCCCACACUCCAGCAACUCGACCCAAGAAUCCUAACCGAAAACCACAUAGGGUCUAGAAGCAAUUUACUAUCCGAUGCGGAGAUGAACCAAGGUGCGCUGCGUAAUCACUUUAUUGACAGAAGCAAUGAUUGCGGCUUUACAAGAGCUUGCACAUACAAGGAAGUCAAUUUCGCCGUUGCAAUCACCAAGGGGUCCACAUUGAGGGAGGCGAUAAAUAUUGUGAUCGUCAGCAUGAAGAGAAAUGGCGUCCUUCAGAGGUUAUGGAACAAAUGGCUGUCAACAACAAAUAAGGCUGACUGUGAUCUGGUCAAAGAUGGGACGGUAACGUUCAACGAAAUGACACUCAGUCAAGUAGCUGGCAUCUUCUAUGUCCUAGUUGGUGGAUUGGCUUUGGCAUUAGGGGUGGCUCUACUCGAAUUUUGCCAACAUGGACGGGCAGAAGCAGCCAGGGCUAAUGUGCCUCUGACGGCUGCUUUACGGGGCAAGACAAGAAUGUCACCGGCCGAUAGGAAGACUCCACAGCGUACACCUCAACGUGAUCAGGAUCGACUCGGAUGGAAUGGCGCUGCUUUUGCUGGGUACUUUCCCGCUGGCACCCAGAUCUCCCAGGAGGAUGCAGUCCACGCCAGCUUCACUCAUGUCUGAUCCUCGGAGAAGGGUGGCAUUAACAUACGCCGCUCUUCUGUAUGCAAAACCAACAAUGUUGACCUUAAUCAACUUUAAAUACAAUUGUAAAGCAGGUCAUCACUAAACAGGUUCAUCCGCUAUCACCUCAUCAACGUUCUUGCAUCUUAUCAAUGCUCACCAAUAAUUAAUCAUCAUUAAACAAGCUUAUAACUUAACGCAUUCAUAAUUAAAAAUAGGUAACCUACUUAACGGGAUAAUCUAUAAUUAUCAGGUUCAUCAAUA